ACCUAAGCAAUCUGGUGACUUCCUCAUGCAAAGAUUCAGUGGGAUGUAGACCACAGUCUAUGCUACUUCCCAGUUGUGCCCCUUCUUACGAGCCAGUGAAUUCUGUGUCUGCAAACUAUCCACUGUCACAUGUAAGUUACCACAGUGUGUCCUGUUCUCCAUUACCUUUGAAGAAAGAUGCUUCAUACCCACUGUACUCUCAGUUCUUCAGCUACUCACAAAGAGAUGUUGUAGGAAAUGGAGCACCUUUAUCAGUCAUUGCUGCUCAGCCUUCUGAUGUGACGACUUUUACACCUGGAGCCAUCAUAUCACAUACACCACUGCCAUCACCAUCUAAUUAUUAUUAUGCAUGGUUUUCUCAGAGUGAACAACGCCAGGAUAAACAAUAUCACAACACCCUUCCAGGGUAUGAACUGAACAACAACAUUUACAUGCCCUCAUAUCAGUACUUCUGAAUGUUAAUUCAGAAUACAUUGAUGCUGGACUGAAGAAAACUGUGAUAAAAAACUGGCAUUUCUUCCCUGUGGAAGAAUUGGUACCUUAUAUACGUAGCAGUAUUCAAGUUGUUCAGUAUUUUUGAGAUUGCACUGGCAAGGUAACAUGUCAGAUACACAGGGUGAACCAGAACACCACUGACAAAAUUUCAGAGGUUUUUAUAUGCCAAAAUACUCGGAUAAUACUCCUGAACAACCUCAACAGUUUUGUCAAUGGAGUUCUGGUUCACCGUGUAUUUUAAUUUCAGACAACAGUUGGAAAUCCAGUGUUUUACCUAGUUUUUAAUAAUAUUUGUUAACACACUUGAGUUUGAAGUGUAUAUAUAACAAUAACAAAUUAUCACCGUUUGUUACCAAUUAGAUUGAAUUUGAAACUUCCUGGCAGAUUAAAACUGUGUGCCACACCGAGACACGAACUCGGGAUCUUUGCCUUUCACGGGCAAGUGCUCUACCAUCUGAGCUACCUAAGG